AUGACCCUGGAGGAGAAUUCCAGUGUGACAGAAGUCGUGGCACCCUGUGGCGGCUUGUUCCCCUUAGAGGGGGCUGUGUGGGCCAACGGCAGCACCGCGGCAGAAACCCUGAAGCUGCCCACCUUCUUGGCAGGGGCCAAGGCUCGCGUGGCCAUCACUCUGGGGCUCUGUGUGAUUUUGACAGCCUGCAACGUGGCAGUCCUGUGGGUUGGCAUUGGCAAGUCGCAGUCCAAGCGUUCCCAGGCCCGCCUGCUUCUCCUGCACCUGGCGGCUGCCAACCUACUAGUGGCCCUGGUGGUGAUGCCCGUGGAUGCCGCCUGGAACGUCAUCCUGCAGUGGCGGGCGGGCGACUGGGCGUGCCGCCUCCUCAUGUUCCUCAGACUCCUGGCCAUGUAUGCUUCAGCCUUCGUCACCACCAUCAUCAGCCUGGACCACCAAAAUGCCAUUCUGCACCCCCUGACCAUCGCCAAGGCCCGCUGCAGGAGUCAGGUCCUGCUGUACGCCUCGUGGCUAUUGAGCGCUGGGCUCUCCAUUCCUCAGGUACUUGCCCCCCCCUUCGCCAACUGGUGCCCUUUCAGAUUUAUUCAUUUUAUCGCAUCCCUAUCAAACCUCUUUUCUCCAUGGAGCGCAAGGCGGCGUUCACAGUUCUGUUUCCUGCUCUGCAUUUGAUCCCCACAACAGCCCUGUGAGGUAGGUUAGGCUGAGAGAGGCGGUGAGCUUCAUGGCCAAAUGGGAGAAGUCAGUAAAGUGGUACCUCGGGUUAAGAAUUUAAUUCGUUCCGGAGGUCCGUUCUUAACCUGAAACAGUUCUUAACCUGAAGCACCACUUUAGCUAAUGGGGCCUCCUGCUGCCGCCGUGCCACCAGAGCACAAUUUCUGUUCUCAUCCUGAAGCAGAGUUCUUAACCCGAGGUACUAUUUCUGGGUUAGCAGAGUGUGUAACCUGAAGCGUCUGUAACUCGAGGUACCACUGUAUAGCAAUAAAGGUACAGGGAUCUGCAGGUCAUGAGCGUAGUCAGGAUUUUUGUUAGUGGGGGGCAGCCUUCAUGUUAGCAGGGGAAGAAACUCAAGUUAGUUAAAAAUUUUUAUUGAUUUACUUUUUUAUUGAUUUACGCCCAUGCUGCAGGCCAAAUAAUAAUAAUAAUAAUAAUAAUAAUAAUAAUAAUAAUAAUAUUUAUACUCCACCCAUCUGGCUGGGUUUCCCCAGGCACUCUGGGCAGCUCCCAACAAAAUAUUAUUAUUAAUAAAAAAGCGAUAAAACAUCAGCCAUUAAAAACUUACCUGACUUAGCUCCUUGCAAAGCCCUCUUCUGCAAGCUGAGUUUGAGUUGCACCCAAACUUCCAAAAGCUGCAAGCCCCACAGAGGAAGAAAGGCUCCUUCACCAGGAGAGGAGCGUAGCUGUCCUGGGGUGGGAUGGCUGCUUCUCUCCUAAAAAGUUGGGGUAAGGUGGGGUGUAUGGGGGGGGGUUGAAUGCAGCAUGUUGCAAGAGCUUAAAGCCCCAUUUUCUCUCCCCCCUCACCUUUGGCGGUUUGCUGUUUCCCCCCUCAAGCUCUUCCUGUUCCGCACGGUCACCAUCAGCUCCCUGCAGAACUUCACCCAGUGCACAACGAGGGGUGCCUUCACCCAGCGCUGGCACGAGACGGCCUACAACAUGCUCAGCUUCAUUUGCCUCUUCCUGCUCCCGCUGCUCAUCAUGGUUGCCUGCUACUCCCAGAUCCUGCUUGAGAUUUCCCCCCCGCAGCGGGUCCUCCAGCUGCUGUGA